GAUUGCGAUUAAUAUCUGCUAAUUGAACCGACUCCCAUCUUGAAAUAGGGGCCGUCUAGCUAGCCUUCACUUCAAGGAGCUCCGAAGAAGACAAAAAAACACUCUAUCCGCAAAACCACUCUACCAAACACCAAGAACGAAAGCCUUAUUAAAAAGAGAAAACGAGGAUUGAAAAUGCCGCCAACAAAACAGGAAAUCUCGCUUUUGAUCAAUCCGCUGGUCCCGGAGUCGGUGCAGCAUAAUAACCGCAUUCUUGCAAACCUCCACUCCAUCACCUCCUUCCUCCUGGGUCUCACGGCCGGUAUCCUCGCCCUGCAGUCCGCAACGGGAUUCCUAUUCUACCUAGCCGGGACGGUCCUCGUGUCUGGUGUUUUCCAUGUCUUCCUGCUGCAGCACUCGAAGGGCCAGGGCGCGGGUGUGUUCUUCCCCGGGCCGAACAUGGGCGAGAUCGAAGGGAUCGAUGACAAGGGCAUGGUGUGGGCUUCUGGGAGGGAGAUGAGGAGGAAGGACUCGUGGCGGGAUGUGUGGCUUGGGGGUGGUGUGUUCGGGGAGGCGCUGUCUGGGUUUGUGCUCGGGUGGGCUGGUGUAGGGGGUGUUUUGAGGUGA